AUGAAUGCUCCCAAGGAGCCUAAAGUAAAACCACCUGCUAUUGACGCCUAUGAUGGCACGUCUGAUCCUGAUGUACACCUCUUGGCCUAUCGGCAUCAUAUGUAUGUCCAGGGGACUACUGAUGCAACCUGGUGCAAAUACUUCCCGUCCAUUCUGAAAAGGGUUGCCUCCAAAUGGUUCGAGAAGUUGCCUACGGGAACGAUCAACACAUAUGCCGAAUUGGAGAUGCUAUUUUCAGCAAGAUUUAUGGCUUAUAAAGAAGAGAAAAAGACGAGCAUGCAUUUGGGUCGAAUACAGCAGGAAAAGAUGAAUCUUUGCGAAGCUAUGUUCGACGUUUCAAUUUGGAAUCAGGACAGAUUCCAGACCUGCCUAACGGGGUGGCGUUUGAUGAUUUCUUCAGGGGACUUAAGAAGGGGUCCUUUAAGUUCGAUUUGGUGA